AUUAGAUCCCAGAAGCCAAGUUUACUAGGCGUUACCGCAACCACUUAAACCAAUCGGACACGGAAGUGACGUAAAACCCUAUAGGCGAGAAAGAGGUUUGGAACACAGAACUAGCAUGAACGCGCGUUUGGCGAAGAGAAGAGUUUAAAUAGACAUGGCGAAGCAUCAUCCAGAUCUGAUUUUUUGCAGAAAACAGGCCGGUGUGGCCAUUGGAAGACUCUGUGAAAAAUGUGAUGGCAAGUGUGUAAUUUGUGACUCCUAUGUGCGUCCAUGCACCCUUGUGCGUAUAUGUGAUGAAUGCAACUACGGUUCUUACCAAGGGCGCUGUGUGAUUUGCGGAGGGCCAGGGGUUUCAGAUGCUUAUUACUGCAAAGAAUGCACCAUUCAGGAGAAAGAUGUAAGUAAAGGACCACUACGAUGUCUGCCUACGCUGCUGGGAGUAAGGAUUCAAAUAUUAUACUUUAACAAACUAGCUACACAGAGAUUUGCAUUUAAAGGGCAUAUUCACCUUUAUCAGAAAACAGAGAGAUGGUUGUCCUAAAAUUGUAAAUUUAGGCAGCUCCAAAACAGAUCUCUUUUACGAACGGAAGAAGUAUGGAUUCAAGAAGAGGUGAUCCUGCCCUUGAGUUUGCUGUGUGAUCUUAUCUAAUUUGUGAACCUGAUUUUGUAAUGAAAAAAUCAUUAAAAUGUCUGUUUUACAACAA